ACCCGCUGCCGCAUGUGAGCGGGGAGGAGGGACGCCCAGUGUGGCGGCGGCGGCGUUGGCGACAGGAGGAGCGGGAGCUGCGGAGCGGCGUUCCCCCCGCAGCCUCAUCGCUGGGCCCCGCCGGCGCCCCCCAUGCCCGUGUGGUGCUGCCGCUGCUCCUUGGCCGGCCACUUCAGAAGUUACAGCGGCCCUGAAACUGAAGGACAGCUUUUGAAUUCCUUCGUACAGUAUUUUGGUGACAGCCUUGGGAGGAAGAUUAAAAGAAUGCCUUUAAUAGAAGAAACUGUUCUGCCUGGGGACUCCCUCCUUACUCUGCCUGUAGUAAUAAUAGGAAACGGACCUUCAGGAAUUUGUCUUUCUUACCUGCUGUCUGGAUACAGGCCAUAUUUAUCUCCUGAAGCUAUACACCCAAACCCCAUUCUACAUACAAAAUUAGAAGAAGCUCGACACCUGUCCAUUGUUGAUCAAGAUCUGGAGUACCUGUCUGAAGGCCUCGAAGGACGCUCUUCAAACCCAGUUGCAGUGCUUUUUGAUACCUUACUUCAUCCUGAUGCUGACUUUGGGUAUGACUACCCGCCGGUUUUGCACUGGAAGCUAGAACAACAUCAUUAUAUUCCCCAUAUAGUGCUUGGUAAAGGACCACCUGGUGGGGCUUGGCAUUCCAUGGAAGGCUCUAUGCUAACAAUCAGUUUCGGAGACUGGAUGGAAUUGCCUGGCCUCACAUUUAAGGAGUGGGCAGCUAGCAAACGCAGAAAUAUAAAGAGUGAUCGAGUAAUGCCAGAGGAAAUAGCUCGUUAUUAUAAACACUAUGUUAAAGUCAUGGGCCUCCAAAAGAAUUUCAGAGACAACGUUUAUAUAACAUCAGUAUCCAGGCUUUACCGAGGAAAGGAUGAUGAAGAUAGAAGUCAAAUAAAUGAAAGUAUCUCAACACAGCAUUUGGAAGUGGAAGAGGAACAGAAAUCACUGAUUAAGAGAAACUGGGAAGUCAGAGGUUAUCGGCGAGCAACAGAUGGUUCUCAUGUGCCCUUCUGCCUCUUUGCUGAGAACGUGGCUCUUGCCACAGGAAGCUUUGAUUCUCCUGGCCGACUACAAGUUGAAGGAGAAGACUUCCCUUUUGUGCUUCAUUCCAUGUCUGACUUCGGAGCUGCUAUCAGCAAAGGAAAGUUACGUGGGAAGGCAGACCCUGUGUUAAUUGUGGGUGCGGGACUUACGGCAGCCGAUGCAGUACUGUGUGCCUACAACAACAACAUCCCAGUAAUCCAUGUGUUUCGUAGAAGAGUUACCGAUACAAGUCUAAUUUUCAAACAGUUACCUAAAAAGCUUUACCCUGAAUACCAUAAGGUCUAUCAUAUGAUGUGUACUCAGUCCCAUACUGUGGACUCUAAUCUACACCCCGCUUACACUAGUUUCCCUGAACACAAUGUACUUUCCUUCAAGCCUGAAAUGAAAUGUGUUCUUCAGAGUGCCUCCGGACUGAAGAAAAUUUUGAAGUUUUCUGUAGCCUUAGUUCUGAUAGGUUCUCACCCAAAUCUUUUCUUUCUCAAGGACCAAGGACAUAGCAUAGGUCAUCACUCUAAUCAGCCCAUCACAUGCAAGGGGAAUCCUAUAGAGAUUGAUCCAUACACUUACGAAUGCACUAAAGAAGCUAAUCUCUUUGCUUUAGGUCCUCUGGUGGGAGACAACUUCGUACGGUUUUUAAAAGGAGGUGCAUUGGGCAUCGCACGAUGCUUGUCAAUAAGACAAAAGAAGAAACAUGAAUUGAUUGAAGGUGGGGAUGGAGGAGGUGAUGGGGUGCCAUAAAUGAGACGUUACAGACUUUCACGUACAGAAUUACAGACGUAGUCUAACAGAACACUCACUGGCAGCGAAGUUGAUAGCGGUCACAUUUCUGUUGUAUACAAGUAACCUGCGCUUGUAUUGCUUGGUAAAGGAUGCUGAUACUACAAUACUUCACCUUUUCAAAAUACAAAAAAUUGACCUGCUAUUACAACUGAGACUACUUAACUGGAAUUAUUUCCAGAUAAACAGAAAAUGAGACUAACUUAUUGACCUGCCUGUCAUCUCUUGCUCAGCUGAAAGAGCAGACUUCCUCUGGGAAAAGCAAUGCCUACCAGAGUGGCUUUACACUUAGUGUCAAAUGUGACAAAAUAUUCUUACCGUGAAAUUAAAAUAACUCCUAAAAGCAGAAGGCUUGCUUACUACAAAGUGAUUCUUAGUCCCAAAGCAAAUUUGGAGCCUUCUGCUCGAAACAAGGAUUUUAUUUAUUUGCCAUAGUAAUACAGUAAUACUUGGAAUGAGCACUUGGUAAAAUGAAUUUUACUACAAGAAGGAUUUCUGUAAGCAAGAAGUAUUCCUCAGCAGUUAAAAAUUAUCCUUUUUGAUAAUUGGAAUAAAAGAAUAAGCAUUCCCCUUUAAUCUUUAACGCAUGAUUUGACACAAUCCAUUAACAUUUUUUCACACUACACCUAGAGUUGGGUGAGUGCAGAAAGACUAACGCGAGAUGUUCCCCUACAGUGCUAUGUACAUUUCCGAGAAUACUCAUUAACAUAACCAAUAAAAUACUGAUGGAAGUGCUCUUAUACAGUGUCAAUAUAGUGAAUAUCUAGUAUACUACUGAAAAAUUAAGUACGUGAGAAAACUUAAGGUUUUUUUGCUUCCUAGCUCAGGAAGACUGAAUGGGAUCACUUGACUGAUGAAGGUGGGUGAUAGAUAUUCUCAUCUCCCAUUUGACCAAGUAUUGGUUCCUUGUCUUUUUUUCUAGAGCGCCACAUAACACUAAAACUAUUUUAGCCUGGGGUUUUUUGAAACUUGAAAAAGGGUUGUAUCUCACAGCCAGCUAAAAAAUAAACAAACCAAACCUGAAACAAACACGCCAUAGUUCCUGUAAAUCUUAAAACUCAUUAUGAAAGACAAAGACUUAACAUGUACUACCUCUGAAUUGAAGUUUCACCUUUCUGCUCUAUAAUGGAAGACCUAGAUUCCAUUUGCUGGGUUUUAGAGUAGGUAAUUUACCUAAACACACUCCUGAAUUAUUCCUCAUAAUAAGGUAAGAAACAGCUAGUUAGACAACUUAUCUUCCAGAACUCUAAAUAGACAAAAGUGCUUUUUUUAACUGAUUUAUUACCAAACAUUUUAAUUCAGGUCCAAUGCAAUGGAAUAGAUUUUAUUUAAUUUAUAUUUUUUUUUGUUUGGGGCUUUUUUGUGUCGAAGAAAGUCAUGUUAGUUUAAGGUAUUGUAUCUGCAUGAUUAAAAUUUCCAUAUUAGAACUUGAACAGAUUUUAAAAAAGGAAAUUAGGCUUAGACUUUGUGACAAACUGCUAGUGCUUGCUGGUUUCCCAGCUGUCUAACUUUGAGAAGUUGUAGAUACCUAUAUGCAAUAAAUGCCUGUUUUCUGUGCCUACUGAGUUACGGGGUUCUGUGGCUGCUGCAGGCCUUUAUGCAUCUGAGUAAGUUACUCAGGCUUUGGACAUAGAAGUUGAUAAGGUAAAGUCUGCAAGGAUUAAAAUGACUGUAUUUUCAAUGGAAGUCCAAAGUAAUUUAUGAAAGGAUGCUACUAAUAAUAAAUGUUAGUUUAGAGCCAAUUUAAUAGCAUAAAGACAAAUGAAGCGAUGUUUAUAUGAAUUUCUGCAUUGCCUACAUGGUUGGAUUUAACCAUGCAUUGUCAAUACUAGUUAAGAUACUUUUUUAUACUCUUAUUUGAGCUGGUUUUAAUUGUGCGAAAUUCUAGGCUUAUUCCUAAUUGAAUUGAGAUUCUAUAAUUUGCCGCCUUUGGCAGAAACUGUGUAUAUGUAAAUCUGUCCUAAACCUGUGAUACCUAAUAAUUUUGACUGAGAAUCAGUGUAAUAAGUGCUAAAUACUUGAUUAUAAAACUUUAUUGCAGUUAAUAUAUUGGGAGUACAUCUGCGCUGUGAUGAAAUUCCUUCAGUUUUGUGUCAAUAUAGAUGUCCGAAUACAACAUAUCAUGGCACGUUCCUGCUUUUUCAUUUGUCACGUGAAACAUUUAAAAUGCCAACAAAACAAAGGAAACAAUUUACUUAAACAGUGAUUUUGCAAAAAGGGGAAAAAAUGUUUCAAACAACCAAAUCUUGAGCCUUAGCUGCUGAGCUGCAGCAGCUACUUACAAGCUGUGUGUUGUAGUGACAAAUUUGUAGCAGAGAUUUUUUUGUCCUGUUAUUGCACAGGUGUCUUUCACUGCACUGUUACAGUACUUCAAGGUUUAAUGGCUUUUUUUUUCCUUUUAUCAAUCUUGCCAAUAUUUCCGAGAUAAAAAGAAAUUGCAUGAGACCUCUUAGUUGGGCAGAGAAAAUUUCUCAAUGGUCAUGUUUAUUAAGCCAGUAUAAAAAUACUUUUUUCAACCAAGGCUUUACUAAAAAAUCAUUCUGUUUCUUCGAGGAAUUGCCAGGUUUAAAGCUGUAGCUGGACUUUCUCACCUUUGGGUUUUUGAUCUUGAGGGAAACUUCUAUUUCUCUCCUCUUUGGUAUUUUUGAGAUAGUAAGAGAUGAAAAAACUCAAGCUUUGCCUUAGGACAGUUUUACCUAAAGCGUUAUAUCGUAUGCAUUUAUUGUGGAUCAGAUGUUGGCACUGAAUAGUUGUCUUUUGGGGAAAUACUUUAUUUCUCAUGUUGAAAAAAACAAAAACCAACAACAACAAAAAAACAUUUGAAUUUCCUGUAUAAUAGUUCCCAGAAGGGAGACUGUCUGCUGCUUUGAGUUCUUCUUUCAGUGAGAAAGAUAAGCUUUUAAACAUCAUGUAUUUAAAAAGGAUGCUUACUACUUAAGCUUUAUUACUAAAAUACAAACAGGAAGAAUAUAAUUUUUUAGCUAAAGGAAUUUAAUUUGAAUUUAUGGAAUUUGUAAAGGUAUGUGUAUUUUCUUAUAGACCAGUGAGAAAAUGUCUCUUACAUUUGGGUUUGGUUCUUAAUGACAAAUAUGUCUCCUAGCUAAAUUAUUGCUAGGGUAUUUAUUUUUUUUUAAAGUAGUAUCCAGCUGUUGAACUGCGACUAAGAUUUGUCAUAGUAGAUAUCCCUAACAAUCUGCAUUGUAUGUGAUUAUUUAACAACAGGUGUUCGUUAAUGAAGGCAGCUGACAGGGCGGUAGGAAACAGCACAGCCUUCCUUUUGGUUUCCAGUAGAUGGUUUGACUUCUGCUUAAAACGUUUUAUACAAAAGACUAGGGCUAAGUUUUACCCUGCUGAGUAAAUGCAGAAAUCCUUUCUGCAAGUAAUCCAGAGAGAGCGGUGACAAGAACAUCGGGUUCUUCUCUCUCUUAGGAAAAUGCAUUGCCUCGGGCCAGCAGCCUGGGCUUGCGGGUGGGUGCAUGGCAAGAGCGUAGCUCCCUUCUGGGAGCGCCUAUACAUCGAGUAAGGGACACCAAAGUGCAUCCCCCAGCUGUAGGUCCCUAGUCCUCAGCACGCAGGGAAUUGUUGGGGUAUACUGUAUUUUCCUUCUGGCCUGCUGAGUGUAGGCACCGUUUUUUUAAUGAUUAGUUUCAUAGUGGUGGUUGCAUAAUGAAAAAUACAAAUUUUGUAGGAGGAGGUGGCCGUAGCCUUUUUGUCUUGCAGCUCAAGAACUGUGAAAAGAAAGCUAGAGACAGAAAUCGAGAGUACUUAUCCAAAGCUGGAAGAAAUUAAAUUAAGACCCAAACUUUGAGGCAGGCCUGACCUGCAUAUCCAGUUAAAAUGAAGAGGCGGCCAUUUUUAGGCCAACUCCUCUUGAGAGAGAAAGAAAGAGUGUAAAAUCUGCAAACUUCUUGCGAGUCCUCCCUGAUAACAAGUAAUGACCAGUGAGGAACGAUGGGAGGAAAGCAGCAAAGAACCUGAGCAAUACGAACUGCAAAGCUACAGGAGCUGAAGUGAAUCCACGUAGCGUUGACAGGCUGGUGGCCUCCCAUCCUCCUGGGUCAAGAUAUAAACUUAACUUGGAGAUAUAGUUUAGAUUAGCGGUGGUUUUUGUCAGAGUUAGGUUGAUGAUUGGACUAGAUGUCUGAAAGGUCCCUUCCAGCCUAGGCAAUUCUAUGGUUCUGAGGUCUGCACACGGUAGCUUCAGAGCUCGGUGCUGGAGCUGUUGGUCUCUAACAUGUUGCCAUGUAUUUUUUUUAAUUGGCUAAUAACUGAAGUUACAUUGAAGUGCAACACAGACAGAUGAACUAGAAGCAAUUGUAUUUUCUCCAGAAGCUGUAGGACUGGAUGAGUAAGGUGGUGUGCCAAGAGAUGCGACUUGGUAGCUCUGGUACCAUAUUCUCUACGUCUGAGAAAACAAGCGGGUGUUUUCACGUCCCAGCGGAAUUUGUGCUGUAAGAGUGCCAGCGUGCAAACAUUUCUAAACGGCAACAGGUAGCACAUGUAUGCCUUAAAGGCAGCUGACUAUUCGAUUUUAUUAUCGUCCACACAGUAAUGAUUUCAUUUGGAGGAAGUUAUGGAACAAAAAAUGUUAAAAGGUUUAUAAUUAAUUUAAGAUAAUAUUUAAGAUAAUAUUUUAGAACCUUACAAUAACAGUGUUCUGUCGUCAUUCUAAAUCAUUUUUUGAGGUGAGAGCAAGAUGGGAGCACAUAACCUCAACUGAUGUGAGAGCUUUUUGGACAUUUACUUCCUCCUUUUCCCCUUGACCAGCCUGAAAGAAAAGUCAUGCUUUGUUUGAGAUAAUCAUAAUACCUGAUUCUAUUUAGCAGAAAAAAUGGAAACUGAGGCAUUCCUUUACAGAGAAAGGAAGGCUUUGGUGACAUUAAGGGUACAAAUUUGAAGGGGCCGUGUUGAAUUAUAAACAGCUCUUUUCCUGAAAAAGACCGUAUUUUGAGGAAUACGGUACACUUAAGGUGUUUCAGUUUAGUUCACUUUUGAAGCUUGAAUUACACAAGGAAUUGUGAGAU